AACCCGACCAUCUCUAUUCGGCAGCACCCGACGUGAUGAUCGCUAUAGGUAUACUGAGGACAUCCUCCUGCUACAGUUUGUUCAUCUGUUAUUCGACCUUAACGCUAAUGUCGAUCAAUCAACGCUUCAGCUGUGUUCAGCAAUGUACCAUGACGGUUUUGGAAGUACCCAAGAGUUCACAAGGCGCAGUUAGUUGUGCGGCGAUUCGUCGGAUCGCUAGCGCCCACGAUCGACUAAGCGACUGCAUAGAACUGUUGAACAACUGCUAUUCAAUACACAUAUUCUAUACUGUGACAAUGUCCGUAUUCUUCACGAUUCUUGUUGUGUUCCAGUUGAUCCACGCUUAUGCUACGGAGGCAAAUGAGUCCAUGCUGGGGGUGGCUAAGAACAACAUCGUGUAUGAUCAGUUCCACAUCUUGGUGUUUAUUGUGAUGGUAGUGUAUACCAGUCUUGUUGGACGAAAUUGCCAUCGAAUAAGUGUGAUGAUUCACAAAUCCAUUAGCUACGGUUCUUUUGAUAAACGGGUCCUUAAAGAGUUACGAUGUUUCUCUCAGCAACUUCAACAUCAUGCACCGAAAAUCAACUGCGGUGUGUUGGAUUUUGACUGGAUGCUGUUCUACUCGGUUGCCGGGACGUUCACAACCUAUUUGAUUAUUCUGCUUCAGUUUGAUGUUGGAAACUUGGGAUUUCAUCGUCUACAUAAAUCGUAAAGUUCGUUAUUUAAGCAUCUAUGUGUUAUAAAAAAAUCCUGAAUAAAUAAUCUAAUAA